CAGGCGGGUCGUAUGCUUGUUUGCCACCGUCGAGGUAUAAAAAAACAUCUUCCUAGCGUUGUCCCGACAUAUUAUUAUGCCAUCUAAAUAUGUAUUUCAUACUCAUUUUAACAUGAAGAUCUAAAUUUGAUUAUCUGCGUCUCUAUCGCUCGAAAAUGCAAGAGAACAUAACAUAGAGCUACAUAACGAAAUUACGAUUUUCACGCUAGGCCCCCAAAAAAUUUUUAGAGUUUCAGUUCUAAGUAUGGGGAACCCCCAAAAUUUACUGUUUUUUUUUUCUAUUUUUGUGUGAAAAUCUUAAUCCGGUUCACAGAAUACAUUAACUUACCAAGUUCCAACAGUAUAGUUCUUAUAGUUUCGGAAAAAAGUGGCUGUGAUAUACGGACGGACAGACAGACAUGACGAAUCCAUAAGGGUUCCGUUUUUUGCCAUUUGGCUACGGAACCCUAAAAAUCGUCCUUACCACGCCACACCCUGUAUAAACUAUCUCUUUCUCACAUCAAUCCAGUCACAAACCCUCUACGUCAACGUUGAACCCUCAGUCCGAAGCCAACCUCACGCGGGGCGGCCGCGCGCUCGCCCGCCACGCGAAAACCACUUGUUUGAGCAUACGUUUAAAGCUCAUAUUACAUCAACAAGUCUACGAACCAGUUAAUAGUGAGAUAAAAUCAACCAGACCUACAGGAUAUUGCGACGUCGACCGUAACCAGACAUGGAGGAAGAGUGCGAAGAGGCCCCAUUGCCGGCGCGGCACCGCCCCGAGGGGCUGAAGGAGCUAGCUAGGGGCUCCAAGUUCACGGCAAGAGAGAUACAACUCAUGUACCGAGGGUUCAAACAGGAAUGUCCUUCAGGAGUGGUCGAUGAGGAAUCCUUCAAGCAUAUCUUCUGUCAAUUCUUUCCUCUGGGUGACGCAACGCAGUACGCCCAGCUCGUGUUCAAUACUGUCAAACACAAACAGAGCGGGAAAAUUAACUUUGAGGAGUUCCUGGAGAUCCUGUCCCGCGUAGCUCGAGGCUCCGAGCAGGAGAAACUAGCGUGGGUGUUCCGACUGUACGACGCUGAUGGGGACGGCAGGGUUACCAGGCAGGAGAUGAUCAAAGUCGUGCAGGCCAUCUACGAGUUGGUGGGGGCCGCGGCACUCCCCCCCGCGCACCCCGCCGCUGCGCAGGACCACGUCGACAGGAUCUUUCAUCUGAUAGACACAAACGCAGACGGAGUGGUGACCCCCGAUGAACUAGCACGCUGGUGCGCGCGCGACCCCGCGCUGCGUCGCUCUCUGAACACCUUGGACACCGUGCUGUGACCCGCAGCCUCGGCGCAUAACAGCAACGAAGCGUGCUGUUCCGAUGCGCCCACCGAGCCGACAACCCCCUGCUGCGCAACCCCUGCGACCCCCGCGAACCCCCCGAAGCGUGUACCCCCGCCCGUGCCCGCCAGAGUUAUGGCUUCAGUAAGUAUUCUUCCAUGUCAUUUUCUUCCUUAUUAAACAAUAAAACAGUCAAUAUUUUAAACCUUAAUUCUCAUUUCAACUCAUAGUGUUGUGUUCCCGCCGGUGAGUAGUAGUUUUCUGCCAACAAACUGCUAUGCAGUUUGGCAGAUAAGUGACCAUAGCCGUUGUAACUUCUUUUAUUAAAAAAAAGUAAGUUUGCCAGAGCUUAGAGAGGGUGCGGAGUGUUAGGGUCGGCAACGCGCAUUUAACACCUCUGGAGUUGCAGACGUACAUAGGCUACGGAGACUGCUUAACAUCAGGCAGGCCGUAUGUUUCUUUGCCACUG